CCAGGCUUGGAGUCUAAAUCCAAUACGGACUAGGGGAACUCUGUUGCUGAUAUUCUUGCGCCAUACAGUAUUCACUCAACCCGAAUGGCAUAGGCGGCCCCUCGGAGCCUGCCAUCGUGAAAGCCUUGGGGCUGGAUCGAGACCUACGACUCUUCGACAAAUCUGGAUGUGAUAUUGAUCUACCGGAUGGUCGAGCAUUGGAGCUGGUCGCUCGGUUCUCCAAGCCCAUUAGCUGGGUCCGUGUCUCGAAUUCGAUCAGUCAGAGGCAAGCUCGCGGCCACCUGGCAUCUCUAUACACAACGCUUUCUGCCAUGGCAUGCCGGCUCUUGUCCGCAGCCUGGGGGCCGUUCUCCCACGCGUUUUGGUUUCUUUGGCGCCGUGUACCGAGCCGUGUCCGAAUUCGGGCCUACGCUGUGCUUUAUCGUGCUGGCAGGUUUGUGUACGGGCCCACUGCUAUCAAAGUGCAGAGACUACCCUGCAAUAUGUUCAUCAAGUAUUGCAGUGUGUCUUCGGACGGGCCUUUACGGAACGAAUACGGCGCCUUGCAGCUGAUUCGAAGGUACUCGAAUCUUAACGUGCCACGGCCGCUAGACUUCGUCUCUGAUUCGGAGCGAUCCUACAUGGUGACGUCCCGCAUUCCUGGGCACAGGCUGGGCGAGAUGUUCACUGUGCUUACCGACGACCAGUUGCACAAGUUGGGUAUGGAACUGAACGAUUUUCUUGCCAAGCUUCGUGCCAUGCCCAAGGAAGUGAGGCCUGGUACGGCGCCAAUGAAGGCUGUCACCGGCGCUACAGGUGGAGGUUGUCAUCAUGUCCGGAUGGAGUUGAUCUCUGGAACGCGAAAACCAAACGGUCCAUUCGCAACCGAGGAGGAUUUUCACGAGUUCCUUCGCACACGACGGCCUCCACCCCCCGACGAGAUCCAGCGUGGUGGGCAUGACAUCGUCUUGACUCACGGCGAUCUAUCACAACGGAAUAUCAUCGUUGAUGGUGACGGGAGGCUGGCUGGUAUUGUGGACUGGGAACACUCUGGCUGGUAUCCGACGUAUUGGGAAUUCACCAGCUUCCGGUUUGGGCUGGAAUCAAGGUAUACGCCACAGCGGCUGUUGGACUUGGCCGACGACAUCUUUCAGGGUUUGGGGGACUUCGAACAUGAACUUGCGGUGGAACGGCGGCUAUGGGCACGGAUCUUUUGAACGGGAGAUGUCCAGCACUCAAGAUACCCGGCCUAUCACACCUCAAUUCGAUCU